UUAUAAAGUUUAAUGCUUACAUUUACCGCUUUAAGAUAUAUAAACGUUGUGUAUUGGUGUUUUUGUAUAUUCGGAAAUGCGCACGUUUGAUUUGAAUUCAUUUUUCCGUUUAAUAAAAAGAUAUUUGAUUUGUAGGAUUAUACAAAUCUGACGAAUAUCAAUGAGUCGUUUUGUCCGGUAUUUAUGCAACUGCUUGAAUGGCACAGUUAUCUAUAUCAUCUUAAAAUAAACCUCUACAACUACACAAGUUUCGUCGUUUUAAAUACUGGAGCCAAAUGGAGCAAAUGUUCCCACGGGAAAGGAAAUAGUAUGCAUGAAGAGUGUGUAUCGCUGCAGCAGUCUCUCAGUGUGGUGGGGGUUUUGGAGUGUGUGGUGCGGCGUUGUGUCGGUCCUGAAGGUGGAAGUGUGCUGCUCACACGAGACACUGGAGAAAUAAUCAUAACCAGACAUGGACAACGAAUUCUCAACACACUACACCUGGAGCACCCAAUGGCCAGGAUGGUGUUGGACUGUGUGAGUGCACAUUCUCAAGUUACUGCGGAUGGCACAAAGUCAUUUAUUCUCCUGCUGGCCGCGUUGCUGCGUGGAAUUCAGAACUCGGCGGACAAACAUGGCAUAGGACAAUCUACCGCUCCUUAUAUUAGAAAUCUAGCUCAUCGGCUGCUGGCAUUCAGCUAUAAGGAGUUUGAUGAUAUCAUAACACACAAAAUCCUCCCAAAUGCCUAUUUCUAUUGUAGUCGCCAUGGAUACAAAUCAAGCAGCAUUCUUGAUUUGUUGGUUGGUGGGUAUAUUGCUGGAAGACUGGGCAUUGGACAGGUUGAUAUAUUGAAACGUGUUCUAUGUGAAUUCUACCACAAAGUGAGCCAAGGUCAAGAUGCUGUCAAAACAAUAACAUUCCUUCAUUCACAUAUCUCUCAGUUGCAUACGACAGUGACAGGCCUUUCAAUUGGAUGUUCAGAGGUGAUCGAAGGGUUGGUUGUGACUCGUGAUUGGUCCGUGUGGACAGACCCGAAUGGAUCGGCCAAAGCUCUUAUUAUACAUGAAAGUCUUGGAUUCUGCCUCAUUGCAGCGAGCAACAAUAUAUCACUGUGUGUUCAACAUGACUGGCUGUCCCGUAUAGAUCAAGCCUUGGAACAGAAGUUAGCUAGUGUGUUACAGUUACAGGUGCGUGUGUUAUUGUCAUCUGUGAAACAGCCAGAAAGCGUGUUGCAGUGGGCUAGGCUGAACCACAUCGCUCUGCUGGAGUGUGUCGACUCGGCUCAGCUGGAUUUGCUUUGUCGCAUCAGUGGUACAGAGACAGUCCCUCAUCCAUCGCUACAACACCUCCUGAUGCUUAAGUUCUGUAGCCGUGUUCAGCUGGGUGGACAUCGCUACGCUUGUCUGGGAACUUUCUCGCAAUGUGUGCCUCAAAUACACACACUUGUUUUAUGUGGACCUGCGCCGGGACUCCUCGACCAGAUUGUGUGCGUGAGCCGAGGAGUAUUUACACUUCUGGAACAUCUCUGUCAGUCCAUCAUUAGUACACAAAAACAGCUAAAUGAAUACACAAAUUCUGAAACUGACAACAUCCGUGAGACUCAGGAAAAUUGUGAAAGCUCUGUUCUGGUUUCAAGCCAGUCCCAGCGUUCCGAUUUGGACCUACCGCAAAGCUUUCUUUCAUCUCAGGGCUUUUGGGAUAGAAUUAUGAGAGCUGGUGGAGUGAUUCCUAUUGGCGGCACUUUUGAGUUCUUGUUGCAUCACUUCCUGUUGAAUGCCCGUAACCAUGGUGACUCAGAGAGCUGUAGACUGUUGGCAGAGGCUUUACUGUGUGUGCCUAGAACUUUGUUCUCUCGCAGACGCUUCCUAGAUGCCCAAACACAUCUCUUAAGUGAACUUAAGGAAAUGACUAAUGUGCAAGAUUUAUCCAAACGCUCAGAGCUCAAGUUCAGGUUUAAUGAAGGUUCAACACUUCCGGUGUGUUUAGAGUCAGUCAGUAGUAAACAACAGCUGGUCGUUUCUGUGUUACAGUGUUUAAACAGACUUUUAUGUAUAGGGGCGAUUCUACACACCCGCACUCCACUACUCUCCCACCCUUCCACUAGCUCUGAGGAUGAAGAAGGAGAGACAGAAAACCUGCAUCUUUCAGACUAUUGAAACAACAAAUAUAUGACCUGUACUGCACAUGCAAGCUUAGUUCAUGCAAAGUUUCAUAUAUAUUUCAAAAUGUAGGAUAUUUCAGAUAAAUUUCAAAUUGAUGACUGACUAGUUUUUUUUCUCUUCAUAAUGUCUAUUAUUAUAUUUUUUUAAACUGAAAAAUAUUGUAUAGAAAAUAAAUUUGUGAUUAUUUAAAUGUGCUUGAGCUUUCUUGAAAAUAACUGCCACUU